AUGAUCGCUGCAAUACAUAAGCACAUGAAAAUAAUUGAAGAUCAACUUCAAUCUUUUAGUUUCUGCCGUCGGUAUCAACGUUACGUUCGCAAAUUGACUGAUACUUCUGCAGAAUUUCUUUGGUUUCAUAUUUUCAAACACGUUGUUAUUCGGUUACCACAUGAUGAAUAUGCUAAACAAGAAACGUUAGACGCAUCAAGACAUUACUAUCGUAAAAAUAUUCAAGAAUUAAAACGUAUUGAUGAUUUUGAACAAGUCUUUCGAUCUGAAGAAGCCAUAAAAUGGUAUACAAAAAAUUCUUUUGUCUAUCGUUUAAUUAACAAAGCAUUAAGAACAGAAGAUGUCGAACAAAUGUACACACUUCGAUACUUUAUUCAAGAUUUAUGUUGCGCACUCGUUAUCAAACAUAAGAUUUUUAAAGAAUAUGGUGAACCGGUCACGGUCUAUCGUGGUCUUCGAUUGACUCAAUCCGAAUUUGAUGAACUUACAAAGGAUGAACAACAAUUAGUAUCUAUGAAUGGUUAUCUAUCGACAAGUCUCAAUAGACAAGUGGCCGAAAUCUAUGCCGGGGUACCAAUAUCAACAUCUGAUAAAUUAUCAGUCUUACUCGAAAUAGAAUGUGAUGUAGAAAGCUUAGGUGAUAAAGUUAUUUUUGCUGAUGUUACAUCGGAAAGUAAUUUUCGAGAUGAAAAUGAAGUUUUGUUUGACAUUGGUGCAACAUUUCAAUUAACAAUUGCACCAAAACAAAAUGAUAAUGGUGUAUGGUAUUUAACAAUGAUUGCAACGGAUGAAGGUCGAACACUUGUACAAAAAUACAUCGAUGAUCAUCUCGAACUUACUACAGAGAUAAGCGCAAAAAUCAUGUUCGGUGUAUUAUUGUAUGACAUGGGAAAAUAUGAUUCAUCACUGGCGUACUUUGACAAUCUCAUUGCAAAUCGUGAAGGUGAGGACGCUACUUUGAUUCAUAUACAUAUGGCUAGAGCAUUGGGCAUGCGAGGUGAUAAGAGCAACCAAUGGAAACAUUAUGAAAGUGCGUACAAAAUACUCAUCGAAGCAGAACCAAAACGUUUGGAAGACGAAGCUUGUCUUCUCAUUGAGAUGGGUAUUUUUUAUUUUGAUAGAGAUGAAAACGAUCGGGCACUGGAAUACAUGAUGCAUGGACUUCGCAUAUUCGAAGAAGUUUAUGGCAACACAAAUGUAGAAGUCGCUCGGGCUUUACUUUACAUCGGCGGAUGCUAUGAACAAAAAGUACUUCUUGCACUUGGUAAUACUUAUCGUUUACAAUGUAAAUAUGAAGAUGCAUUGAUUCAAUUUCGACGUGUAUUAGAUAUAAGAACUCGAACUUUACCGAAGUACCAUUCGGAUAUUGCUGAUUGUUUAUCAAUAAUAGGAAAAACACUAGAUGACAUGGAUAAUCCAAGUGAAGCAGUUCUGUAUUCCAUGCGUGCACUACAGAUGUACAAUAAGACAUUGCCAGAAACGGAGUUAAAUGAAAAGAAUUCGGUGCUAGUCGAUAUUGGUAUCGGAUUUUCUAGUGUUGGCGCUAAUCAACUUGGAAUUGAAUAUUAUCGGCGGGCACUUACUAUGAAAAAGAAAUGUCUUCCACGUGACCAUCCUGAUUUUGCCGCUAUAUUUGAAAAUAUGGGUCUUAAUUACAGUUAUUUGAAUAAACAUUUAUUGGGAUUGAGAUAUGCUUUGAAAGCACGUCGACUGCGAAAACGAAUACAAAUAUCGAAUCAUCCAAAUAUGGCUGGAACAUUGAAAGUUUUAUCGUUGGUAUAUUCGAAAAUGGGCUGCUAUAGAAGAGCAAUGCAUUAUCUUGAUCGAGCAAAGAAGAUAUUAAAAAGAACAGCGCACGAUGAAGAUUCUAAAUGGAUUGAUGUGAAAAAUCAAAUUAUACGAAUCAAAAAGAAAAUACAAAGAGAGAAAUACAACAUGCGAAAACGAAAACGCUGGAAAUUGGAAAGUCGAAAAAGACUUGAUUAUUUGAAAUUGCUAUCUACAAUUGCAGAUAUUAAUUUACAGUUCUGUCCAAAUUUGCGACAAGUUAUUUGA